AUCCUUAAUUAAUGCCGAUUAAAAUAAGUUUAACCUUCAACCUCACUGAACUACUACUCACUACCCUCACCCAGAAACACACCAUCAAGACUUCAGCAGUUUCACUAUUGCGCCCCGAUCAAUGCUACUUAAUUUCAGGUUAGAAAAGUAACAAUUUUUUGUGAGACUAUAUAGAAGUUACAGAAACAACCAGCUAUAUUCAAGUGUUGGGUUCAAAUAUGAGAUUCUUUCGUAGAGACAUCUUUACCAUUGUGAAAGAUACCGGGUCGACUGGUUAAUCUUUCCUCAAUAAGUCACGAUGCACGUAUAUGUUUUAAUUAUCAUCGUUAAAAGAUGUAACAAACAACAUGAAAAAUGAAUAAGCAUUAGAAAUUUAAGAAUACGUUUAGAAUAAGAAAUACUUGUAAAUGAAGUAAAGCAGAAAUAAAGUCAAACAAAUGAAGGGAGGUAGACGCGUGCGUCUAUGUCAUAUAGCAGAUUAUUCCUUAUGAAAGUCGGAACUAAUCAAAUUAAUUCUUACUGUUUAAUACCAGGCUAUAUUGAUGAUGAUGAUGAUGAACUAUUGCAAGACGUGACCGGGCCCGUUACCUGUUUUCACGAUAAAGUAACGAGAAAACAAAGUUAG